AUGUUGGUAUGGCCGGGCAUUUUUGUAAUCUGCAAUUUCUCUUUUUUAAUAUUUACAGGCCUUGGUGAAGGUUUUCAAAUGCGAUGGUGCACAAUUUCAGCUGAGGAGACAUCAAAAUGCAAUGAUUUUAAAACCGUCAUAGCCACACUGGCUUCUCAGGCCAGUUUGCCUGCUGUCACUUUUUCAUGUGUUCAGGGCAGUAACGCUGUAGACUGCAUGGCAAAAAUUCAGAGUGGCCUAGCUGAUCUAAUUACUCUUGAUGGCGGAGAAAUCCUUACCGCAGGUAAGCAGGCUUUUUUAGUCAAGGUAGCUCAGAAUUAAAGAGCUUAGUAACAGGGACAGUAAAAGCAGCACGGACAAUAUCAAAACUGUUUUUGGUUCGAUUCCCGGUGUCAGACCAAUACUGAGAGAUCUGAGAAUAGCUUAGAAUUAAAGAUACUUCCUUUGCCCUGCAAAGUGCUUUACCUUCGCGUGGCUUAGCCUACGAGGUGCAUUUUUUAUGUAUACGAUUUUUGCAUUUCAGAUUUCUUUUUUAUGUAACGUUUUUGGUUCUUAGUUUUCAUAUACUGUUAACGUUCACUUUUUCCUUUUUUUUUCGUCCCGUUAUUAUACUUUCAUUUUGCAUGUUUCAUUUUAUACUGGAACGUCUCAGCUAGUUCACCUAGUCAUUUAAAAGAUAAUGAAGAAGCCGAAAGACCGUGCCUUUCGAAAGAAUAUUGGCCAAAAAAAAUAUUCUCAACUGUAAAACCAGCCUUGCAUCUUUUUGCUGUUGCUUUUAGUCUUUCUAAGCCCUCAAGUGCGUAAGUAGGUUUGUAUGCGUUCGUGAUUGGCAGAUUUAGCAAAGACGACGCAACGACAGUGACUACUGCGCGCACAGAUCUUGGGCAGAUCUGAAAACCAACCUGAUCAAUGGCAGAGCGGCAAUGAGUACUGGAAGUGGCAUUUAUUUCUUUCUGCGAGCUUUUGUGUUUUCAUUUGACAAAAGAAAAGAAAACGUUUGCUCUUCCUUACGCCAGUGCUUGUUUCUUGGGAUUUUUUAACAGUUGCUAUGCAACUUUGCCUUUUAAGGAAAGAUGCAUGAUAUGGUCCCCAUUGUUGGUGAAGAUUAUGAGAGUGGAGCCCCCACCACAAGUUAUUUUGCAGUGGCGGUUACAAAGAAGAACUCAGGCAUUACGUUUAAGACUCUUAAAGGAAAAAAGUCUUGCCACACUGGAGCGGGAAAAACAGCCGGGUGGAACGUACCGGUCGGUACUCUUCUGUCAGAUAAUAUCAUGCCGACAGACAUGAGUUGCAAUGCUUAUAUUGCAGCUGGGAAGUUUUUCAAUAAAAGCUGCGUACCAAGUAAGAGUUUCACUUGCUAUCUUCUCUAAAAUUACUUUUAAAAGGGUAUUACAGGGUAAGAGAGGUUAGUGCUGUUAGCAGACUGCGAGGAGACUCUCUUCCCUUUAACUGAGUUAGUGAAGUGGUGCUGGUUUUUUCUCCCGUCUCGCGCCCCAGCUUCUAGCAUACCACGCCACGUACAAAAUGAACAGGCGCUUAUAACUAAGAACAAGUAAACAAUGCAUAUUCCUCCUCACCCUCGUGCAUUAAACUAUUGUGUUACCCCAGUAUACCAGCUGCGUCUUGAUAAAAAGACAAGGCUUAAAGCGUAAAGAAACGGCAGAAGUCUGUGACUACCCUGGUUUAAUUUGCUUUGGCAAUCAAACUGUUUUGGAAGUUUAGUAUUACAGUAUCCGCAGAGGCGACCUAAAGGCAGCUGUUAAAUUGCGAUGAAUAGAUCAUAGCAAGGCGGUUUUCAUUGAAGGCAACAAAGUUUACAAGAAGAACGUGGGUGCCUUUAGCGACUUAAUAGCUCACGUUCGAUAUAUCAAAAUUCUAACAUGACUCUGGGACUUUCUGGUCAGUACUAAACUAGUUCCAGAAGCAUUAAUUGAAUUCUCUGCUUCCGAUUAGCCAGGUAAUAUUUUCUGGCCAAUCAUAAUUAAGUAAUUCAAAUGUUUUCUAAGGAUCUGGCUAUUAUUUGGCUUCGAGUAAUUACUCAGGCGCUCUUCCAUUCUUUAAGGAAUUAAGGAUUCUUUGACAGACUAACCUUCAUAUUAUGCAAUCUGUAACGUUCUAACUUAUUUUAUCUUAAUCAUAGAUGUCAAAACUUCGACUUACGAUCCCAAAGGCACAAAUCCUUCAGACUUGUGCGCUUUGUGCACAGACGAAUGCAACAAAAGUGGCAAAUAUUCUGGUUACUCUGGCGCUUUCCAGUGCUUGAAGGACGGAGUGGGAGACGUAGCGUUUAUAAAACACACCACAGUGCCAUCAGCUUAUGCUAGUCAAUUUAUGUAUCUGUGUAAGGAUGGAAGCACUAAGGGUAGGUAUUGGUGAAAUUUUUCCACUGAUAAAAGUACUUAAUGUUCUUUAUUUUGCUAAAUUCAGCAUCCGUUGAACUGAGUACCAAAUUGAGUGAUCCGCUGUAAAAGAAACCGCUUAAACAAUAAAAAAACUGACACAUCAAGUAAAAAGGAAAGCGCGCAAGCCAAGUUCUGCAGCUGUCAGGACAAAUCAGAAAAUGGAUAGUAAUUAAGUGUUUUUGAAAACUUUUAAGCUAAAAAGUUUUCAAAUUUUAUCCUUAGCGUGUUUGACCUGCCUUGGAUGAUAACGCGACUCAGGAUACGGCAUGUUGAGAACAUUUUUGUUGGUGAUGACUUCAGUAGGGUUAAGCUUUUUGACAUAGCGCCGUGAGGUAUUUCAUUGAACUGAGAUUUGUGAUCAUGCCAUCCUCGGGUACCGGUUUAUUUUAAAAAAAAGCCUGAUCGCAAUUUACGUUCUUGUUUGGCAACUAUUACAACCCUAGAGGUGGCUAGGCUCAUUUCCUAGAGCAGACCUAGGCCUUUCACAUAGCGAUGAUUAUUUUCUCGUGAUGUUUAUGGAUGUGGAAAUAACUGAUAUAUCAUGCCUUGACCUCUUAGGCUAUUAUUAUAAAAUAACCAAGAUAGUACGCGCGUUCUGAUUGGUUAAAAACCUAUUGUUCAGGGUGUCCCAAAAGUUCGUUCCUCUAAUUUCAUGCGUUACAAGUUUUGAUCAAAACUUUAUUCUUGAAUGAAUUUUCUAGAAGGUGGUUAUUGCUCUAUCGAGUGCAUGUAUUCAGAAUUUCAGUAACCGGCAUUUCCCGUUCGUUUUUUUAUCACAUUCUGUAGCCGUUGCAGUAUGGAGUGGGGUACAGCAUGUAGAGCCACAGAUUACUCUAUUUUAAGCUUUUUUAUCACCUGGUACGCAGCAGCCACUUCUCCGCUUUGCCCCCACCCCCCCUCCCCAAACAACAUAUUUUUUAGUUUAGGCGUUAAGGCAGCUGUAAAAAUAUACUUUAAGCAUUCAUCCAAAAAAGAUAAUCAUCCCAGGCCCUAUUCACAAUAACGCUUCUGAACCUCUUUACAGAUUUGAGACGAGCUGAUCGUUGUUUUGCAGACUAAGCCGAGGUUUUGUUGCCAUCUCAGGGGCCUCUAACCUUCGCUUUUCAUGAAACAGCUUUAGACAUGGCUUGCUAACUGUUGUGAGAGCUAUCUCGUCGAGUUGUCUCUUUUGUAUCUAACCUUGUUCAAAACUAUUUUAGCCGUUUUAUUCAGGACUAUCUGAAUUCCCCUUCUUUUUUUGUCUUCAAAACCUUCAUUUCUCGAUGACCAUUUCACCACCGAAAAUUCGGAUAUUUUCCAUUUUUUUUAUCAGUUAUUUCUACUGAUAAGCCGGUAAAUCGACGUAAACAUGCUUAUGUUCUCAAGCAGCUGAAAAGUUUUGCGUUUUGAGGUGUUUUUUCUUAUCUGAUAUUCACAAAAAACAAGGAAGGAGUUUGAGCAAAUCGGGCUACAAAAUACAAAAAAUAUGUGGCGGGAAAAUGUACUCGCGCACGCGCACCUUUAGCGCGGAAGUACACAAAUCGAAUAUUAGAGUCACAAGAUGGCACAACAAGUAUAAAAUAUUAAAUUGUAUUGAAAGACACAACUUUUGUUUAAGCGAUUUGCUUACCAGUUCCAAUCGUACUACAUUACAGUCUUAUAAAGUAGAGGAACGAACUUUUGGGACACCCUUUAUAUUGUGCCGGUAAACUCAUAGAAAACUCCGUUUUACUUAAAGUUAUUUUAUAAAAGUAAUAGACCACACUUUCUAUGGGUUUACCGGCUUGAUAACUCACUUGGAGUGUUGAGAGAACACUCGAAAAGCUUGUAAAUCACUCGCCUUCGGCUCGUGAUUUACAAGCAUUUCUCGUGUUCUCCAAACAUCCCGCGUGGGAUAUCACGCAGGUAAACCCAUAGAAAGUGUGGUCUAUUACUUGAAUCAACGGGUUAAAUUUUCAUGGGCUCCUGGUUAAGUGAACUUCAACAGUCCAUACUGUACUUACAAAAAAGUCAUAAUGAGUGUUACGGAAAUGAACAAUUAACUUUUUAUGAAAAUGAUUGUAAGGGCAACCGUAAAAUUUAACGGAGUCUCGAUUGCUAUAGCAAUUGGAAACCUAUCGAUGCCAAAAAAAUUUGGUUAUGACGUUAGCGUACGCCCGCCCGACGCCCGUCCGAACAGACUGGCAGGGAGGGACUAACUUGACAUGAAUCUCUUCCCUCCUCCCCAAGAGAGUUUUUCUGUCCUAUUAUUUCAGAGGGCUUUAGAAAUGAAAAGCUUUAGUUAGAAAACAUUUUUUCUACUGCUGCGAUCGAACUAUGCAUAGUAAUUUUUUUGCUGUAAGUAUGCGACGUUUAGCUUGCUGGGAGAGUUUUUUUAUGUCAGGUUUGUUUACAGGAGCUUACUCAACAACGACGGCGAUGGCAACGAAAACGUCACUUAAAAAGUAAAUACGCUUCAAACUUUAUCGCACUCAUUCCUUCUUGUUGAAAUAUUGGCAGAAUUUUCUGGAGUUAAUUUCUAAGACCGUAUCGAAGUUCAGGAAAAAAAAAAGAACGUCGUUGUCUUGCGUUCACGUCCUUCACAAAAUGUGAAAUAAGGCAUUUUCGCGUCGUAGUCGUGAAGUGACAGCAAAGAAAAUCAAAUCUGUUGCUAUUCCACAGUUCUCGUUACCUUUGCUGGCGGCGUUCGUUGCUUAAUCAGUCCUUAUUUUUUCGUAAUCACCCCUCAAAAGGUAAACUGAUGCCGAAGGCGCCUAAAGUUAAGUAUUUCUUUUUAUUUUUAGUGGCUUAGAGUUUAUUAGUUUAUACUUAUAUCUAAACGGAGGCCUCGCUUUUAGCCCUGGCUAAAUCUAAUAUAUAUUAUUAUUUAUAUGAUAUGUCUGUGGCGUUAGUUUUCAUAGGAGCAAGUAUGGCAGCAAAUGAAAUCAAGGUAAUUUUAACUUAACCCGUGAAAUAUGUAGUAGAAUAUUACACUAUGCGCUAAUUCCAUUGUCUUCCUUUGGUUUCUUGUGGCUAUUUGUUAGUAUCUAUUUCACGGGUCAAGUAAAAUCACUCUAAUGAGUAGUUAUUUAGAAUGAUCGUGGCUCCCAUUCUUUUACAAAAGGCAAUCGGCCAAUUACUACUGGGCCUUACAGACCAUUUAAUUAUAUGAAUGUUAAUACAGAAAAGGAUGGUUUGUUUUUCACAUACGUACAACAAAUGUUGUCUAGCUCAAGUUUCGUCCCAUGUCGUCAUGAUAAAAUUCGGAAACCGUAACAACGCUAACUACAAAAAUCUAUUGUUAGAUGCCUCUGGGAACCCAGAAGGGAUGUAAUAUAUUGAAAUUAAAAGUGGUGACAUUCUUUUCCAGCCAACUGGAACGACAACUGUUACCUCGCGCAAGUUCCAUCUCAUGCCGUGAUGGUGAAAAAAGGAAACACUAACAACGCCAACUAUAGAAAUCUAUUGCUAAAAGCUUCUGACACCUACGGAAUCAAUCAAACCAAUUCCAGUAUGUUCCAGUUAUUUGAGUCAUUCAAGUACAUGAACGGCAGAGAUCUCUUAUUCAAAGAUUCAGCAAAGAAGCUGGUUGAUGUUGGGGAAAAAGACACCUACCAGAAAUGGCUUGGUUACGAGUAUCUGAACGACCUCGAGGCCUUAGAUGCUUGCCAUACGACACCUACGACAUCUACGACACUUUCGACGCCUACGACACCUAUGACACCUCCGACUACACCUACGACACCUACCGGUCCAUCUGCAGGAGGCAACAUUAACAAGCUACAAUCAUUGGUUGCCAUGAUCUCGGCCUUCACUGCGGCACUUUGUUACACAGGAACUUUGUUUGAAUAG